AUGGCCGAUUCCGGGUCUAAACUCUUUGUACUCGGCUCUACAGAACAGGAUAUCGCCAAGGUUCAAUCAAUGGACAAACACAUCAACGAACGAAAACUUUUUCGUCCAUCCCCUUCAGCGAAGCGAUCGCAGCCGGUGCGGAGCCUAGAUGAUGACAAAUGCACGUUUGGGGCUAUAGAAGUGCUUCCACAGUUCACUCAACAGGGCCGAGCUAGAGCGUUGCUAGAACGGCUUAAACAGGAUAAAGGAAUUGUUGGGAUCAUGAAAUUGCACAAAUGGAGGGUUGGAUCUCUUAUCGAGCUAUCGCCCGCAGAUAAGACUCUCCUUGGGUAUAAUAGAAACAAGGGCGAACUGAUUGCAUUGAGGUUAAGGACGGAUGAUCUAGAAGGUUUCCGACAUUAUGAUGCAAUACGCAAAGUGCUUUUGCACGAGCUAGCUCACAAUGUUUGGACCGAGCAUGACGAUAACUUUCACGCUCUCAAUCGACAGUUGAACAAAGAGGUACAGCAGCUAGACUGGACAGCAAAUGGAGGGAAUAGUAUAUCAAAGGAUGUCUUUUUUGAUCCUGCUCAUGGUCUUACUGGAUAUCGCGACGAUCUUGAGGAGCAUGGGGCAGAUUUGCCAUCAUGGCAAGGGGGAUCAUAUGUCCUAGGGAGUGGUCAUUCUAGUGCCAAUUCAUCCUUAACUACGCAAGAGCUAGCAGCCAGAGCUGCGCAGUUAAGGCAGAUUGCUUCCGAAAGAGAUGAAGAUGAAAUGUGUGGGUCUAAGUAA